CAACAAAUCAACUUGAGAAAGACUCAAACUUAGAGACGCAAUAUUACAAUAAAAUUUAGGAUUAACUCUUGAGUGGAAAUACAAAGCUUUUUUGUCCAUUGAAUUGGAAGGCUAAGGCUAUAUUACUAUAUACCAUCAUUAUUAAGUAGAUCAGCAAUUUAUUUCUCAAGCAUGGAGAUUGCAACAUUCAGAAACAUAGCUGAUUUCGGAAUGGAUGAUCCUCUCUUCUUUCAGCAAUGGCAAGUGGACGCAAUCGAUGAUUUCAACACGAUUCCUUGUGCAUUUUCCCAAGGGUUUCAUCACUCCUACGCCCCCCAGCAGCCUCUGCCUGAGAUCAAGAGGCCGGCAGAGGCGUUUUCGGGCAGUGAAAGCCGGCCAUGGAAGCAACUGAAAGGAUCAAACUGGAGCAGCUGCAAGCAAGAAAGAAUGUCAACCUCACCUCCCCCAACCAAUAGCCCUAAAGAGGAAAAAUGGUUCUUUCCCACUGACCAUCAAACCUCAAACUAUGUGCUGAAGCCAUGCCAAGGCAUCAAGAGAAUCACCCCCAACACCAAGCUUUCUCAACCACAGGACCACAUCUUAGCAGAGAGAAAGAGGAGAGAGAAGCUCAACCAGAGUUUCAUCGCCUUGUCCGCCUUAAUCCCCGGCCUUAAAAAGAUGGAUAAGGCUUCUAUUCUUGGAGAUGCAAUCAAGUACAUGAAGCUGCUGCAGGAAAAAGUGGAGGAGCUUGAGGAGAAGGCCAAGAAGAAGACUGUGGAAUCUGUGGUGUUAAGUGGCCGUGAUCAAAGCCGGGCCGAGGUGUGUGAAUCUCUCCCGGAGAUCGAAGCAAGGAUAUGCGACAAGGAUGUGCUGAUUAGCAUCCAUUGCGAGAAGAGGAAAGGGAUAUUGGAGAAAACUGUUGCGGAGAUUGAGAAGCUCCAUUUAUCAGUUGUCAACAGCAGCGUCAUGACUUUUGGACAUUCUGCUCUCACCAUAAACAUAACCAUAAUCGCAAAGAUGGAUGGCGAAUCUGGUUUGAAUAUGAAGGAGCUGAUUAGGAAUUUACUAACUAGUGUUAGCCCACGCGCUAUGCGCGACACAUAA